ACUUAAAUUUUAUAAUACUAAUCAAUCAAUAUGGCCACCGCCAUCACCCAAUCUCAAACACCUAAACGUCGAACGCAAACUCUGCAACAAAGCAAAUCGACAUCCACAAGGCGAACUUUGAUUAACACUGAUUAUCACUUCUCUCUUUCUCUGCUAAUAAUAAUAAUACACGUGAAUCGGAUUCUUCCGGCAUUACGGUGUCAUUUUGAGUUUGGGAUCAUUGAUGUUGUCAAUUUGAUUCCAUAGUUCACGAUCCUAUCGUUUUUCCUUUUCUUCAUUGAAAGUCAUCGUGAUUUUGGCUUCGAUCUUAGGACGCGAAACAGCGAUUGCUUGUGUUAUACUUGUUGACGUGUGAAUGAUGGACUAGCUAUGUAUGCUUGAUUAGAGAGAAGAGCUGUGUAACUUUGCGUUUCGAUUUCAGUUAUCGAAUGUUUUGGUAUUGCAAGUGGAUGCACAAAAGUGUUUAUAGCGGUGUUGGUCUCAUUACUGAUGAUUUAUCUGGCAAUUUGUUCUGUAUGUGACUGCUGUGUCUGCUCGAAUGUUUCUUGAUUUAACCAGAGUUUGGCUCUGCUUUGGGAAUCAUUAGAAGGAAGUUCUGAUAAAUUUGAUUUUGAAAAAACAUAAUGAACAUGUUAAAUUGUUGGCAUAAGUUACUGAAAAUGCCACCAGAGUACAAGCUAGCGAUAUUUGUUUUUCUGUGAUAUUUUAUUAUUGACAAUGAACUGUUUUCACUUCUGGUACUGUGGUUUUCGUUUUAAUUCAUUUUAACUUUAUCCUUUUACCGCUAUUGUCUAUUAAUUUAUUUACUUAUCUUGCUUUUGAUGGAGGCAGGCCUGUGAUUAUGGGAAAUUCGGAGUCAAUGUAUGAGUCUCAAGAUAAUUUUUACCAACAUCCCCCUUCUUAUAAUAAUAGCUAUCAUCAACCGUCUCCUUAUGCUGAGAAUUCAGAGAAUAAUACCUAUCAUGAACCAUCUUCUUAUGCUGGGACUUCAUCAAAUACUAGCUAUUAUCAACCCUCUACUCAUCCUGGGAGUUCAGCAAACACUCGCCCAACAUAUAUAGCUGAUAAUUUCGGCUCAUUGGAUCAGGUUGUUUCUUCUAUGAGAGAAGCUGGUCUGGAAUCUUCAAAUUGAAUACUUGGUAUCGACUUCACCAAAAGCAAUGAGUGGACAGGCAAGCACUCAUUCCAUCGAAAAAGCCUUCAUCAUAUUGGAAACAUUCCUAAUCCAUAUGAGCAAGCAAUCUCCAUCAUUGGCCAUACUCUGUCUUCCUUUGAUGAAGACAAUCUAAUACCAUGUUUUGGAUUUGGUGAUGCUUCUAUACAUGACCAGAAUGUGUUCAGUUUUUAUUGAGAUAAUAGAUUUUGUCAUGGUUUUGAGGAAGUACUUGCACGCUACAGAGAGAUUGGUCCAUACAUAAAACUGUCAGCCAAAGCUCCUUCUAAGGUUAUGAUUUUUGCUUGGAUGGUGGGUGAAAAAAGGACUCUAAGGACAAUAAGGUGGUUUGGAGUUGUGCUUUUCCAGUUUGAGUGUGGUGCAUUUGGCUGGAGAGAAAUUACAAAAUCUUUAGCUGGAGAUCUCUUCCUACCCAUCUUGGUAACCAGAAAUCCAGAUGUACCACGUGGAAAACUUAGUCCACAAGCACAAGCAACAAUUAGUUCUAUCGCUGCUGCAAGUCACUAUCCUCUCUCAAUUAUUUUGGUUGGCGUUGGAGAUGGACCAUGGGAUGAGAUGAAGCACUUUGAUGAUAACAUUUCUGAGCGCUUAUUUGACAACUUUCAGUUGGAGAUAAGAAGGAUUGGAGUUUGGCGUGAUAUUGACAAACUUGAUAGUACUUCAUCUAAUUCUGAAACCAAUAUCAGAGGUAUGAAUUAUAAUUCUUAUUCUAAAAAGUUUGAAAGUAAUAAGAAUGUUAAAACUUUAUUUAAAUUUCUAAAGGUCUUAAAAAAUGAGUAUAGGGUGUUCAAAAUGAGUAUCAACACUGGAAAUUUUUCAGCUGCUGCCCUUAUGGAAAUUCCAUUUCAGUACCGGGCAGCCCAAAAUAUACAACUUAACGAUAGAGAAUCAGUUCUUCAUCAACAUAAAAGGCCUUUCCCUCCACCUAAUGAAGCAAUAGAUCAUGAUAAUGCACGCAUGGCAAUUCCACACAUGACAAAUUUGGAAUCAGCGGAACCGACAGCUCCAGCUGCUGUCGAACCAGUAUGCCCCAUUUGCCUAACCAACCCGAAGGACAUGGCUUCUGGAUGUGGUCAUACAACUUGCAAGGAGUGUGGCUCGACAUUAUCUUCCUGCUCUAUGUGCCGGCAGCAAAUUACAACUCCCCCGAGACUGUACACUUGGGUGAGGAAGCUUAUCUGAUGGAUUGCCGCCAUUGAUUAUGUGGAUUGAACAUGAUAACCGUUAUACCAUUUCUUACCAUUUUAAGUUUUUUUUUUUGACAGAAAUGUAUAGAGAUUUUGGGUGUAAAAUUCUUUAACCAUGCUGUCAAUGCUCAUUAAAUGUAUGGAAAAAAGGUUUAUGUUUUCUUUUGAAAUAAAAAAGGUUUAAGUUAAAUUUCA